GUCAAAAUCAUAUGAUCAAUCAGUCUGUCACACUUUUGAGACAAGUUUUACUAUAAAGGCGUUGUCUAAGGUGUCCCGUGAAUUCAACCAAUUUAUUUCAUUUAAAAAGUGUUAAAAACAAUCUCCAACAAUGGCACUAAGCGAUGUCGACGUCCAAAAACAAAUCAAGCAUAUGAUGGCUUUCAUUGAGCAAGAAGCCAAUGAAAAAGCCGAAGAAAUCGAUGCGAAAGCUGAGGAGGAGUUUAACAUUGAAAAAGGGCGCCUGGUCCAACAACAGCGCUUGAAGAUCAUGGAAUAUUACGAGAAGAAGGAGAAACAGGUGGAAUUGCAGAAGAAAAUUCAGUCGUCAAACAUGCUGAACCAAGCCCGUUUGAAAGUAUUAAAAGUGCGUGAAGACCACGUCCACAAUGUGCUGGAUGACGCCCGCAAACGUCUGGGCGAAAUCACCAAUGACCAGGCGAGAUAUUCACAGCUUUUGGAGUCUCUCAUUCUCCAGAGUCUCUACCAGUACUUGGGAAUCAGUGAUGAGUUGUUUGAGAACAAUAUAGUGGUGAGAGUCAGGCAACAGGACAGGAGUAUAAUCCAGGGCAUUCUCCCAGUUGUUGCGACGAAAUACAGGGACGCCACUGGUAAAGACGUUCAUCUUAAAAUCGACGAUGAGAGCCACUUGCCAUCCGAAACCACCGGAGGAGUGGUUUUGUAUGCGCAAAAGGGUAAAAUCAAGAUUGACAACACCUUGGAGGCUCGUUUGGAUUUAAUCGCACAGCAACUUGUGCCAGAAAUUCGUACGGCCUUGUUUGGACGUAACGUCAACCGUAAAUUCACCGAUUAAAUAUUAUCAAGACAAUUUUUCAUCUCGUUAAAAAUAACAUUUUUACUGUAAUUCCAAGCAUUUUUAAUGCACCACCAUAAUGUAAAAUAAAAUUGUUGCUUACUGUACCAAUGUUGUAUAUUAAAUUAUUUAGAAUUGUAUUAAGAAGUAUUCCAUUUUUUGUGUAGUUGCGUUUGUAGCUAUUCAAGGUCGUGGUGGUUGGUAACCUCAUGUAAUCAAAUGUACAACCCCAUUUGUAAAUAGAUGGUUUUAUGUUGAAACAAUACAUGUUACAAAUUA